AUGCAGCAAACGGAGGAGCACGACAGCGCAACAAAGCAAGGCACUGAAAAUCAACGGGUAAGAGACAAGCAUGUGAGGGAUCUGAUGGCGGGCAAGAGGAGACUAGUGGAGGUGCCCUACACGGCCUCGCUUGCCCACACGAUGAACGUGCUGGUGGCUAACAAGGUCGUUGCAGUGCCGGUGGCUGCGCCGCCAGGUCACUGGAUUGGAGCCGGCGGGUCUAUGAUUAUGGAGUCCGAUAAGCAGACGGGGGCUGUACGGAAGCAUUAUAUAGGGAUGGUCACCAUGCUAGAUAUCCUGUCCUAUAUCGCUGGAGAUGAUGAUCAUGAUCAGAUGAACGGCACCGGCGAUGUGUCUGAUAUUGAUGUGAAGAUGGCGGUCCCAGUUUCGUCCAUCAUAGGGCACUGCCUUGAAAGUCUUAGUCUAUGGACCUUAAACCCUAAUACUAGGUGA